AUGAGUGAGAACGACGCGGAAUGCGUGUCCCCCGACCCUGCAAGUACGGUAACCGACCGACUGAACAGCGCCCUCAACUCAUCUGGGUCUGGGUUUAUCUUGCGGCUAUGCCCUAGCAGAGAGUACCUUCUGCUGACCCCACUGUUCUUCUCCGCUCAAGACCAGGAGAUAAGCACGCUAGGAUAUCCACUUGGGAGCGACCGCGCUACUCUCGUUGUCAAUGGCCCGGUUUCGAAUGGGACAGGCCACACCACGGCUGUUGAUGGUACUUGCCCUUCCUGCUCUGGAGUAAAGUUAAGGAAUAUACAGAUCAAUGGGACAAGAAGCGGCGCGCCGCCCACAGAAGGAGGUGCCAACAUUGAGAUGGGCGGCUCAACUUCUGGGCAACUGAUAGAGCAUGUCGCCUCCUACAACCCGAGAAGCUGGUCUUGCCUGCAUAUUGCCGAGGGUAGCCUGGACUGCAACAAUGUCACUGUUCAACAUAAUGACAUCGGUCCAUGCGGAACGGAUGAUUUUCAACAGUGGGCUGAUGGGAUUAGUAUGAGCUGUCGAAACAGCUUGGUGCGGAAUAACACGAUCGUCGACCCGACAGAUGGCGGUAUAGUGCUGUUCGGCGCGCCGGGAACAGUGGUAGAAAAUAACACUAUACUAGCGCAAAAUCAAACACUGCUUGGCGGUAUAAAUAUGGUUGAUUAUGAACCAUACCGCGGGGAUUACUCCGGCACUGUGGUUCGCAACAACAGGAUAGCUGGAGCGUUUGCCAAUGCUCCCACAGGGGUCGCUGAAACGAAAGGCGUCAAUACCGAACACGCGAUCAUCAAAAUUGGCAUUGCAAUUGGCCCUCGCACCUGGUUCGGCGAUCGCUUUGGCACCAACACGUCUGUGUCCGGCACCGUGACAGACAACGAAUUUACGGGCGCGUUUAGUUACGCCAUGGCAGUCAGCUCCUCGCGCAACUUCACCGUUCAAAACAAUGUUCUGGUUGGCAACACUUCAUUCAUUGGUGCUGCUGGCCCGAACUGCAGCGAAGACCAAACGCUCCCACAGCCUUACCCAUUUGUGGUCGAUGGGAAUAACUCGGCAGGUUUGCAACUGCAGCCAGACUUCAGAGUUAUCUCGGAUGGUGAUGCCUUGACCUGUGUGAUACCCCCGGACGGUGGAGCCUUUUGGCCCGUAGGCGGUCCACCCUGGACGGAUGGAGGCUCUCCAGGUAGCUCGGACGAUGGCACUCACCGAGGUUCUUCUGGGUUGACUGGCGGUGCCAUUGCGGGAAUUGUGAUUGGGAUAGUUCUCGGCUUGUCUGCCGUCGCUGCUUUGGGUUGGUUCGCUAGAAGGCGUCCCAAAGGCAUAGCGCUGGGCUUGCUGUCGCUUUUGUUAUGGUGGACCAAUCAUAUCUAG